AUGUUUUCAGGUUUUGGUUCAGGUUUUGGUAAUAUUGGAUCUUUUGGUGUUCCUAUGAACAACAAAUUUGAAGAUUACUUCAGAGUUUAUCCAAUUGCUAUGAUGCCUGAUCAUAUAAGGAAAGAUGAUGCUAAUUUUGGAGGUAAAAUCUUCUUACCUCAAUCAGCUUUAAAUAAGUUAACUAUGUUACAUAUUAGAUAUCCUAUGUUAUUUGAAUUAUUAAAUGAAAAUAAUCAAAUAACAACCCACAGUGGGGUGUUGGAAUUUGUAGCUGAAGAAGGAAGAGCUUAUAUACCUCAAUGGAUGAUGAAUACUUUAGAGAUUGAACCUGGUCAUUUAAUUCAAAUUUCAAGUUGUGAUUUACCCUUAGGUAAAUUUGUUAAAAUUGAGCCCCAAUCAGUUGAUUUCUUAGAUAUCAGUGAUCCUAAAGCUGUUUUGGAAAACGUUUUAAGAAAAUUUUCUACUUUAACCGUUAAUGAUAUUAUUGAAGUCAAUUAUAAUGAUACAAUUUAUGGAAUCAAAGUUUUGGAAGCAAAACCUGAAAGUGAAAACAAAGGUAUUUGUGUAGUGGAAACUGAUUUAGAAACUGAUUUCGCUCCUCCUAAAGGAUAUGUUGAACCAGAAUAUAAACCAAAAGUUCAGCCACCAACAGAAUCCAUAACGCCUUCAAGUGUUAAUAAAGGUGCUGGUGCAGCAACUAUGGCUAAAUCAUUAAAUUAUGCUAACAUAGCUUCAUCUUCCAAAGAUACAUUUGGAGGUUCAGGGCAAAAAUUAUCAGGUAAAACUGUUGAAGAGAAAACCAUAAAUGUUGAUGAUUUAGAUAUUAAUUUACCUCCUGCACCUUUCCCUGUACCUGAAAAUCAAUUAUUUUUCGGGUUCCCUGUUGUUUUACCCAAACCUGAGAUAGUAGAUGAGCAACAAGCACAAGAAACAGAAGUAUUUAGUGGCCAAGGUCAAUCAUUAAGACAAAGUAAAAAAAGGAAAGAUAAAAAUAAUGAUUCAUUCCCAUUAAAAAAUCAUUCACGAAGUCCCGAUUAUAUAGAGAUUGAUUAG